CGCCAUGAAUUCGGGGAGCAUGGUGGAGUUAACAUGUCCAUUGAAGCCUCUGCCACCUUCACCGUCAUGGAACCUGAGACCAUGCGUCGCAUGUUUGCCGGGGAACUCGGCCCUGAUCGUGAUUUCUUCAUUUACAGCCGUCACUUCAACCCCACCGUCUUAAAUCUCAGUCGUCAGAUGGCAGCCCUGGAAGGAACCGAAGCUGCCUAUUGCACUGCUAGCGGUAUGUCUGCUAUAUCAUCCGUUUUGUUGCAACUCUGCAGCAGCGGGGGACACCUGGUGGCAUCGAGGGCGCUCUACGGUGGGACUCAUGCGCUUCUAACCCAUUUCUUGCCUAGAGCCUGUAACAUCACGACCACGUUCGUGGACAUAUGCGAUUACGAAGCGGUGAAAAAUGCCAUAGUCGAAGGACGAACAAAAGUUUUGUACUUCGAGUCCGUGUCAAAUCCCACGCUCACCGUAGCCAACAUUCCGGAGCUUAGCAGGAUAGCGCACGAAAAAGGAGCCAUGGUGGUUGUAGAUAACACCUUCGCUCCCAUGGUUCUUUCCCCUGCUCGGCUUGGAGCUGAUGUGGCUGUCCAUAGUAUCUCCAAGUUCAUCAGCGGUGGGGCCGAUGUUAUUGCAGGUGCUGUUUGUGGUCCUGCAAGCCUGGUGAACUCCAUGAUGGACCUUCGUCAAGGUACUCUUAUGCUUCUAGGCCCGACCAUGAACGCCAAGGUUGCCUUUGAACUCUCUGAAAGAAUUCCUCACUUGGGCCUAAGAAUGAAGGAGCACUGCCGCAGAGCCAUGGAUUAUGCGACUAGAAUGAAGAAAUUGGGCCUCAAGGUCAUAUACCCAGGGCUUGAGGAUCACCCUCAACACCAGCUAUUGAAGUCUAUGGCCAACAAGGAAUAUGGGUUUGGUGGGCUUCUUUGUGUUGACCUGGAAUCUGAAGAAAGAGCUAACAGGCUGAUGCACCACUUGCAGAACUAUACUCAAUUUGGGUUCAUGGCGGUUAGCUUGGGUUACUACGAGACUCUCAUGUCUUGUUCUGGUAGUAGUACCAGUAGUGAAAUGAACGCUGAAGAGAAGGCCCUAGCCGGCAUUUCGCCUGGGUUGGUGAGGAUGUCCAUUGGAUACAUUGGGACACUGGAGCAGAAGUGGAGCCAAUUUGAAAAGGCGCUCUCUAGGAUGCAGGAUUCCACCUUAUUUAACAAAAACUAAAGUUCUCUACUGUUCAAUAAUGGGUUACUCGUAGUUCAUGUAAGGAAGGUGUCUUUGGUGUAAUUUCAGUUGUUAAAUGCUGGAUCUUUUGCUUAAUAUAAUGUUUCUUUAAAGAAAGAAAAAAAACUUGAACUUCAA